AGACAAACCGGUGCCAACGUGCGCGGACGCCGCCGCCGCCGCCGCUGCUGGAGUCCGCCGGGCAGAGCCGGCCGCCGAGCCCCGAGCAGGCGGAGGGAAGUGCCCCAGGAGCCGCUCAGCCUGCGGCGCUGCGCACAGCCGCCCGGCUAGGAGCUGCGAGAGCAGGAGGAGGAGGAGGGGAGAGCAGCUCGUCCACGCGCCCUGCGCCGCCGCCAGCCGGGCCAAAGCAGCGCGGAGCCGGCGUCCCCGGAGUCCCAGCGGCAGCCCUGGAGUCCUCUCGGAUGCCCCGCCGCGGUCGCCGUCCCGAGUAGAGCGCGGAGAGGAGUUGAAGCCAACUUGCUUGCCUUUUUUUUUUUUUUUUUUUAACCGCCCCGGUGGGAGCCGGCGCUGCACGAAGAGCUCUCCCCGCAGCUCAUGCUGCCCGCCCUACGCCUGCCCAGCCUCGGGUGAGCCGCCUCCAGGAGGGACGGGGGAGUGCGGCGGCGCCGCGGGCUCGGGGUGCUCUCCUCCGGGGACGCGGGACGAAGCAGCAGCCCCGGGGCGCGCACCGGAGGCAUGGAGCGCUGCCCCAGCCUGGGGGUCACUCUCUACGCCCUGGUGGUGGUCCUGGGGUUGCGGGCGGCACCGGCCGGCGGCCAGCACUACCUCCACAUCCGCCCGGCUCCCAGCGACAACCUGCCCCUUGUGGACCUCAUCGAACACCCGGAUCCUAUCUUUGACCCCAAGGAGAAGGAUCUGAACGAGACGCUGCUGCGCUCCCUGCUCGGGGGCCACUACGACCCGGGCUUCAUGGCCACCUCGCCCCCCGAAGACAGGCCCGGUGGGGGCGGCGGCGGGACGGCUGGGGGCGCCGAGGACCUGGCCGAGCUGGACCAGCUGCUGCGGCAGCGGCCGUCGGGGGCCAUGCCGAGCGAGAUCAAAGGGCUGGAGUUCUCCGAGGGCUUGGCCCAGGGCAAGAAGCCUCGCCUCAGCAAGAAGCUGCGGAGGAAGUUACAGAUGUGGCUGUGGUCGCAGACCUUCUGUCCUGUGCUGUACGCGUGGAACGACCUGGGCAGCCGCUUCUGGCCGCGCUACGUGAAGGUGGGCAGCUGCUUCAGCAAGCGCUCGUGUUCCGUGCCCGAAGGCAUGGUGUGCAAGCCGGCCAAGUCCGUGCACCUCACGGUGCUGCGGUGGCGCUGUCAGAGGCGCGGGGGCCAGCGCUGCGGCUGGAUUCCCAUCCAGUACCCCAUCAUUUCUGAGUGCAAGUGCUCCUGCUAGAACUCCGGCACCCCAGCCCGCACCGGGACACUUGGCGCGAACCCCUCCGACACCCCCCCACACAUCGCCUCCAACCAGUUCCACCACCCUCUGGCGAGGGUUUUCAAUGAACUUUUUUUUUCCUACAGAGACCUAGCCUUCUGGUUCAUGUAAUGCACUGUUUAACUGUGUAGGAAUGUAUAUGUGUAUAUAUAUGGUCCCAGUUUUAAUUUACUUAUUAAAAGGUCAGUAUUAUACGUUAAAA